UGGCGGGCGGAAACGGCCAGAGCGUGGCUAUCCAAAAAGUUUCUAGGAGCUCUCUGCGCUCACCGGUUCCCUUCGGACGGCAGGCCGGCGCGUCUGUGUUUCUGCCUGGCCCAGUCCCUCCCGGCCCUCCGCCCUCAGGUUCUUUUUAUAAUUUUGAGUAAACUUCCAGGAGGACUAUGAAAGAUUAUGAUGAACUUCUCAAAUACUAUGAAUUAUAUGAAACUGUUGGGACAGGUGGCUUUGCAAAGGUCAAACUUGCCUUCCAUAUCCUCACUGGAGAACUGGUAGCUAUAAAAAUCAUGGAUAAAAAUGCACUAGGGAGUGAUUUGCCCCGGGUCAAAACAGAAAUUGAUGCCUUGAAGAACUUGAGACAUCAGCAUAUAUGUCAACUCUACCAUGUGAUAGAGACAGCCAACAAAAUAUUCAUGGUUCUCGAGUAUUGCCCUGGAGGAGAGCUGUUUGACUACAUAAUUUCCCAGGAUCGCCUGUCGGAGGAGGAGACCCGAGUUGUCUUCCGUCAGAUAGUGUCUGCAGUUGCUUACGUGCACAGCCAAGGCUUUGCUCACAGGGACCUCAAACCAGAAAAUUUGUUGUUUGAUGAAGAUCAUAAAUUAAAGCUGAUCGACUUUGGUCUCUGUGCAAAACCCAAGGGUAACAAGGACUAUCACCUGCAGACAUGCUGUGGGAGUCUUGCUUAUGCAGCACCUGAGUUAAUACAAGGCAAAUCAUAUCUGGGAUCAGAGGCAGAUGUUUGGAGCAUGGGCAUACUCCUAUAUGUACUUAUGUGUGGCUUUCUACCAUUCGAUGAUGAUAAUGUCAUGGCUUUGUACAAGAAGAUUAUGAGAGGGAAAUAUGAGGUUCCUAAGUGGCUCUCCCCCAGUAGUAUUCUGCUUCUUCAACAAAUGCUACAGGUGGACCCAAAGAAACGGAUUUCUGUGAAAAAUCUAUUGAACCAUCCCUGGAUCAUGCAAGAUUACAACUGUCCUGUUGAGUGGCAAAGCAAGACUCCUUCUAGCUUAACAGAAGACACUUGGAUCUCCCCUGCUUCUGCAUUGUUUUGCUAUGAUGUUUUGAUUGGAGAUCCUCAGGGGUCUACAGACCAUACCCUUAUUCACCUUGAUGAAGAUUGUGUAACGGAACUUUCUGUAUAUCACAGAAACAACAGGCAAACAAUGGAGGAUUUAAUUUCACUGUGGCAGUAUGAUCACCUCACAGCUACUUAUCUUCUACUCCUAGCCAAGAAGGCUCGGGGAAAACCAGUUCGUUUAAGGCUUCUUUCUUCCUGUGGACAAGCCAACUCGACUGCAGUCACAAACAUCAAGUCAAAGAAUCUGAGUCUAGAAGAUGUGAUCGCCAGUGAUGAAAAUUAUGUGGCUGGAUUAAUAGACUAUGAAUGGUGUGAAGACAUUUCAUCAACAGGUGUGGCUACUCCACAAACACCACAGUUUGCCAAGCAUUGGACAGAGUCAAAUGGUCUGGAAUCUAAAUCAUUAACUCCAGUAUUACGCACAGCAUCUGUCAAUAAAUUAAAGAACAAAGAGAAUGUAUAUACUCCUAAGUCUGCUGUAAAGAAUGACGAGUGCUUUUCAUUUCCUGAACCAAAGACUCCAGUUAAUAAGAACCAGCAUAAAAGAGAAAUACUCACUACACCAAAUCAUUACAGUACACCUUCAAAAGCUAGAAACCAGUGCCUGAAAGAGACCCCAGUUAAAAUGCCGGUAAAUUCAGCAGGAACAGAGAAGUUAAUAACAGGUGUCAUUAGCCCUGAGAGGCGGUGUCGCUCAGUGGAACUCAACCUUAACCAAGUACAUGUAGAGGAUACUCCAAAAAGAAAAGGAACCAAAGUGUUUGGGAGCCUUGAGAAGGGGUUGGAUAAGGUUAUCACUGUGCUUACCAGGAGCAAAAGGAAGGGCUCGGCCAAAGAUGGGCCAAGAAGACUAAAGCCUCACUAUAACGUGACUACAACCAGAUUAGUGAAUCCAGAUCAACUCUUGAAUGAAAUAAUGUCUAUUCUUCCAAAGAAGCACGUUGACUUUGUACAAAAGGGCUAUACACUGAAGUGUCAAACACAGUCAGAUUUUGGCAAAGUGACAAUGCAGUUUGAGCUAGAAGUGUGCCAGCUUCAAAAACCCGACGUGGUGGGUAUCAGGAGGCAGCGGCUUAAGGGUGAUGCCUGGGUUUACAAGAGAUUAGUGGAAGACAUCCUGUCUAGCUGCAAGGUUUAAUUGAUGAAUGGUUUCCAUCCUGCCUGAUGAGUAUGGGUGUGAUACAGCCUACAUGGAGCCUGGUGUGAUGGGUUUGAUUUUUAAAGUCCUCUGGAACUGCGAACUCGUUUCUAAAGAGCUAUUUUAAAGACCAAUAUCUUUUUGUUUUUAAACAAAAGAUAUUAUUUCGUGGAUGAAUCUAAGGCAAGCCUCUCUGUCAUUAUCUCUUACUGUCUUUUUUAAUCAUGUGCUUUGUAUAUUAAUAACUGUUGACUUUCUUAGAUUCACUUCCAUACAUGAGUGUAAGCUCUUAACUAUGUCUCCUUUUAAUGUGUAAUUUCUUUCUGAAAUAAAACCAUUUGUGAAUAUAGCA